UUUCUUCCUCAGCUGCAGCCUUGGGACCGGGGUCGCUCGCGCUCCAAGCGACGCCCCGUCUUCACCUUGCUGCUCUUGCUCUUGCUCUUCGCUUCUCAUCUCAUUGCGCCCCCUUCUCAUCCUCCUCACCGCCCCUUCGUUCUCGUUGUCAUCAUUCGACCCAUCUCACGCAGCUUGACUUCUUCAUCCUUUGUCACCGAUCGUCCGCUCGCUCCCCCCUGCUCGUCUUCAUCGUCGAUUCACGGCAAAGGGUCCAACGGAACGCCGCCGCCCAUCAUCGCUAUCAACGCCGCCCUGUGCCGCCGCCUUCGCUGAUCCGCUCGUCGUAGGCACGCACUUUGCUCUGCCGCAACCUAUCUACGGGAGCAAAUCGAUCACCAUCUGCCGUCGAUCACGGCAUUGUCAUGAACCCAUCUUCGCCUCCUCCAUCAUCUUACCAACACCAGCAGCAGCAGCAGCGCCAACGCACGGCAGCCUCGCCCUAUCAUCAGCACGCACAGCAUCCGCAUCAUCUUCCUCCGCCGCCUCAGCACCAGCAGCACUCGCCCGCAGAAGGUUAUCUGCCGCAUCCGAUGCAGCAUCAUCAGAUGGACGGUCACGGCGGUGCAUACCAUCAUGGCCAUAUCGAUCAUCAUGAGGCUUGGCGCAGAGAGCAGCAUCAGCAGCAUCGCAUGAUGGAGCAAAGGGAGAGAGAUAGGGAGAGAGAGCACUAUGAGGCCCAGCAUGGCCCUAUAGCCGUCCACUACCGCCACGAAGGAUACGAUGGCUACCCUCACCAUGCGCAUCCCCAUGGUCCGCCUCACCACCAAGCCCCAUCGCCUCCCGGACGAGGUCACAGCAGGACCCAAUCUCGGGAUGCCUUUCUACCUCCUCCUCUCCCUCCUACGCUUUCUGAUCGGCAGUCCCCUGCGAUGAGGUUUGAGCCUCUCAAGCAGCGUCGCUCCCCUCCUUCCGCAGCAGCAACGGCAGAAUAUGGUGGGCGCGAUCCCCGCGAGUCGCAGCACAAGCGCAAACGAUCGGCGGCUUACGACCAAUAUGCGCCCUGGGAGCACCAUCAGACGUAUCCGCCAGGCUAUGACUAUCGAGCAGCAGAGGAAGAGUACUACUACCAGCAGCACCAGCAGCAACAGGCAGCAGCCGCAGCAGCAGCUCAGCAGCAGCGCCAUGCUCAGCGUGAGCGAGAUCGAGAACGUGACGACGUCAGACCGUCCGCUCCUCCCGUCCAGAAGGCGCAUCGUCGUACUGCAUCAGUGGAGCAGCAGAAGGCACGCAACAAGCAAGUUCCACCACCCGUAAGCCCGAGCGUCGCCGUUCCACCUCCUCCGCACCACAUGGCCAGUCCAUACGAUGCUCCCCACAUGCUACCUGGUCCGCCGGGAAGGCCCACGCACGAGGAGAUGGCCAUGUACGAGCAUGGUCACUUAUACGGGCAGCACCCGCCUCCUCCUCCGCCAAUUGUUGCUACGAAUGGAACUCGCCAUCAUGAUGGACGCAGAGAGCCGGCAAGGAGGGUGGAGCAUCCCUCUGCACCCCAGCACGAGAUGCAUCCACCUGCUGUCAACGGAAACGGCGCAUAUGACGACAGACAUCACCGGGCUCCUUCUACGGCCGCCGCAGCUGCGGCUGCGGCUAUGCCACCUCCGCCUCCACCUCCGCAUGCUCACCCUGCGGAGAUGGCUGCACAUCAUCCUCAUCAUCCUCACGGUCUGGUACCUGACCCGACUCCUGCGGCUCCUCUGCAUCCGCCUGGCCCAGGUCACCCUGCCCACCACGGUCCUCCUCACCAUCCGCAUCACCUCCACCCGCACCAUCAACAGCAGCAGCAGAUGGGCCCGCCCAUUCAUCAAUUGCAGCGCCAUCGCGUGAUCAGCGAUGGGGUCUGGCAUUGGCUCGAAGAGAAUGCCGCCGCAAGCAAAGAAGGCGAGGCCAGCUCUGAUGGAGCAGCACCAAGCUCCGGCCCUCAUCUCGCAGGCUCUUUCGUCUAUGAGCCUUUCGUAAGUCCCCUCCUUCCUGCGGAGCUCAUCGUACGAAACGUUGGCGCCCUCCUUGAGGUGCGCAUCCCUGGCAAGCUUCUUGGAGCUUACCGGGAGAAGAGCGACUCAAGGGCUGGAGCAGGCUGGACUUUGGGUUGGAAAGCGAGACAGCAUGGCUGCAGAGUAGAUCUGCCUACUGACAGUGGGCGAGAAAUAAAGGAAGUGCAGUCGACCGCUCGGACGAUGCCUUUCUGGUCCAAUCGUGGUCUGGCAGAGCGCAAGGUGUGGGGCAGCGAGGUGUACACGGACGAUUCGGAUGUGCUUGGGAUGUGCGUGCAUGCAGGCUGGAUCGAGGGACCGACCCGUCUCCCCUCCUCUUCGCCUCAAGGCGAGUUGGGCGCCCCGAAUGGCCAUUCAACCAACGAUGCUACACCCCUCUACUCUCCUCCCGACAUCCGCGUCGUGCUGCGCGUAGCUCCCCGCCUGGUGGGCUAUCGUGAAAGCUAUGCUGGCGGCUUGUGGAGUCGCAACUGGCUGGGGAUGCACGAUGGACUGUCCCUCGUUGUGGAGGAGGUCGCCCUUGAGCCUGCUGGGUGGGCGGACAAGGCGAGGUUGCCUGGUCCGAGGGGCCUGAAGAGUGAGGCAGGACGGUUGGGGCUCGAGGGCAAGAGGAUUGAGGCGCUUGAGGGCUUGAGGGAAGGGGAGGAGGAGAAUGAAGGAGGCGCUCAGCCAGGCAAGGAGAAGGUGGGCACUGGUGGAGCUCGAUCAUUGGCGUCUUUGUUGACGGGCAAGACGACGUCUCUCAAGAAGACGGUCUUCCCGCUUUCGGAGGUGAGGUCGAUGGGCAAGGCGGGCGAGUCAGCGAGUUCGCAGGAUAGUCGGGCGUGGUAUAGGCUCAACCAAGUGGUCUCCACGCGUGGUUGAUGCCCGAUCACGACGCCAGGCUGGUAUGAUGGACAAGUACGGUCACAAAGUCGGGUCACGUAGAAGGUCGGCUCGCACGCAAAAGGAAGGCGGGUCCCUCGGGGCUCUGCCACGCAGACACGAUUUACAUCGCUCAGGCGCCUCGCUCGCUCGUUUUUGCUCAUUCAAAUUGUAUCCUUAUCAUAUUUCAUUCAGACAUGCCACGUCGAUGAUGGAGCA